GGCUGCUCUAUCUCUACCUAUCUACCCAGGUACAGUCUAACCGCGUACACUUGCAGACUACAAAACUGUACAAGGUACGGGUUAUUAGAGAUUGUCGAGCUUCUUGCGGCCCCACCCAAUCCCGGCCCAAUCGAGAGGCGCCAAAUCUAUGAGACAGAGAGCUUCGGGCGCCGUUACACCACCAGCAGAGCUCCAUCCAUAGAUCGCCCCGCCGUGCCAUCUACGGCCCUCUUUCACCACGCCAGCUCCAUCCUCUUCCUCCUCGUCCUCCUCCUCGUCCUCCUUGGCCCAUUGUCUCCUCAACACAACUCGCCUCCGACGCCUUGUACCCCUUCGAGAGACGCCGCAAACCACGUCGACCCGCUCCAUCCGAGCGCGCCUGGAUGGAGCUUGCCCGGCUACUGGCCUCGUCGCGACUGCCGUGAAGACGCCACCGUCUUCCAGCAAGCGAUAGAUAGCCAGUAUGCCUGAGCAAGACGACUCCCGCUCCAACAUCGUUACCAUCCCUCGUCAGGUCUCGCCCGCUGUCUUGCGCUCCGAGCAGACGAAGCGGUGGGCCAAGAAGUACCGCACUGAACUUGCCGCGAGCACCUCGAGCUUGUUAUCCACCUUCUUCGCGUAUCCUCUGGACUCGGUCAAGACACGCCUACAGGCCUACAAGUUCAACUCGUUUGCUGACUGCGUGCGUCACACUUACAAGACGGAGGGCUUCCAUGGCUUCUGGCGUGGCGUCUGGUCCCCGCUAGCGAGCAUCACGCUCGUUCGAACCGUCUCCUUCUCCAUAUACCAAAAGUCCAAAUAUACCCUAGAUGGAUGGAUCUACCAGGCUACCGGAAGCUCGCCCCUGGCUAUUGCAAACACGAAGCAUGCCACGCCCAAUCUUGCCACCGUCACUUGUUUUGGGUUGGCUGGUGCUACGUCGGGAGCGGUGAUAACGGCUAUCGCAUGUCCCUUUGAACUCACCAAACUGAGCGCUCAGAUCUCCGUCCUGAUGGCAGAUCGCACCGAUGGCGGCGGUUCAUGCGAUGCGUUGCGGAAAAGCUACCAGAACCUUGGGACACUGCGGACUGCCCAGAAUCUCGUCAAGCAUCGGGGCUGGUUAGGUCUCUACUCCGGUUUCCAUCUGCACUUGAUGCGGGAUACGAUCGGCACCGGUAUCUAUUUUGUCACUUACGAGAGUGCAAAGCAGCUCCUAGCGAAUGCCCGCGGAAGCUCUCCUACAACUCCUGGCGCAGUAGUCACGGCAGGCGGUUUGUGUGGCCUAGUAAGCUGGGCAUGUAUAUUCCCCAUUGAUACAGCCAAGAGCAUAUACCAACGCAACUGUCUCAUCAGCGGACGAGAAAAGGCGACCAGGCCCCCGAUCCAUUUCUUCAGCUCGCGCAUGUACCGCGGCUUGGCAGUCUCCAUGGCCCGCUCCUGCGUUGUGAAUGCCAUCUUCUUCUCGGCAUUCGAGUUCACCAAGAAGCGCAUCAAUGGAAUGACCUACGACAACGGACUCCUCCGUGAGCAUGGACUCUAACUCUGGCUCCCCUCGAGGCUUGUUCCAUCAUUGUUUUAAUAUCAUGGGAGUUAACAUGCAGUCUACCUCGACUGCAGCGUGGGGUCCGAAGCCGGAGCUUUGCGUUCAAUUGUUGUCCGUCCAGUUCCAAGCGAUUAUUUGCUCUUCUUUAUCCCCGGCAUAGCAUUGUAAGGAAUAGGGUUUAACGGCGGUCUAGAUUGUUUGUGCAUGUGUAGGGUGGGAAUUCAGAUAUCGUACUAUUGACAGAAUUUAGGGCAAU